CCCAGACAAUGAAACCACUUGCAUCACGCGUUCCUAUAUAAGGUUACACUCUCCUUCGCACAUGACACACAAAUCAACGCCAACCAUUUAUUCUAGUAUCUUGUUUAACUCUUCUUGCUCCAUUUUGCCGUGUUUCCUUCUUGUUAAUGACGAUGAGCAAUGGAAAUAAUUGUGUGAGGGUUGAACGAAGGGUACUUGAAGCGCCCAAAAAUCUGAUGGAGGUAAUCCUCAUAUUAGCAGAAGCGAUAAUGUUGCUCUGUUACACCGAGAGACGCUACAUCUUCAACUUGCCCAGAGCCAUCGCUCACGCUGUGUUAGACAAGAGUAAGAAAACGAUUGGAAGUGAAUGCCGAGAAAGAAGUGAUUGUGCAGAAGUGAAAGGCCGCGAAAUCUUGAAGGACUUAUACGAGUUGAAGAGAUUGUUGAGACGUGCCAUGCUUUUCAGCAGUGGCAAGCGCUUUCUAGCAUUUCUAUUUGCUGCUGGAUUCGAUGAGGAGGAUGUGCUCUUUAGGAAGAGAACAUCUAGGAUUCUGAAGCCUGCUUUCACGGUUAUACGUGAUAAAGAAUCAAAAUGUUUGCUGGUGUUCAUCCGUGGAACUCGUAGCAUAAAAGACACUCUCACAGAUGCACUGUGUGCUCCUGUGUCUUUCGAUCACAACAUGGUUUCAGGACAUGCACACCGUGGUAUGGUUGCUGCGGCUGAUUGGAUUAGAAAACGCUGUAUUCCUGUACUACUUGAAGCUCUUCAUCAAUACCCCAACUUCAAAAUCAAGAUCGUUGGACACUCGCUGGGUGGUGGUACUGCUGCACUCUUGACUUAUAAGCUUAGAGAAAUUCAACCGUUGUCUUCAGCAACUUGUGUCACAUUUGGCCCAGCUGCCUGUAUGACAUUGGAGUUGGCUGAGUUCGGGAAACCCUUUAUCACUUCCAUUGUAAAUGGUUCGGACAUAGUGCCUACACUGUCAGCUUCUUCUGUUCAUGAUUUCAUUGCUGAGGGUCGGAAUACGGAUAAAAACAUCUUAAGCGCAGUUGGGACUCGCAUAUCUUUUGCCAAAGCCAUUGCAGAACAUGCAGUAAAUUGUUGCACCGAGGUUGUGAAGAAGCAUAAACACUCACUAUUACUUCGGUCCCAUCGUGAGAAUAUUCACACAUCGUCAAAUAACUUUGUUGGAGCUUCUGGAUUAUCUGAGACAAGUUUGGAUCCUCUUUUAUGUGAAGACCAGUUAUUCGUAGAUGAUGAUGAUGAAUAUAAUUCUUGCAGUGAAGGAUCUGACAAUGAUGACUCAGAUGAUGACGAUAAUGACAAUGAAGAUCAAUUGUUGAAUCAAAUGGGGAAUCUUGGACUGGGAAAUGAUGUUAAUAUCCCUGACAAAACUGAUGAAACAUCAGCUAGGCGACGUCUUUAUCCACCAGGCAGGAUCAUGCAUAUGGUCCCUUCACACGUGUCUGAAAAUUCGAACUCAAACCACACUGAUUCUGAUGAAAAACAUGUCUCCUUAUAUCAAACGCCUGCACAGCUGUAUGGAAAACUCAGAUUUUCAAGAGGAAUGAUACUGGAUCAUUCCACGAAAAAGUAUCUGAAGAAGUUACAACAACUAAUCAAUGAACUAGAGAAAGAGUGAUUCAAAUAUCGUGGAGGAUGAACCGAUCAAAAUGAAGUAAAUGAAAAAGUAAUUGAUACUAAUUUGGUCAUGGAGGAUUAGAAUUAAUGAUUAUAAUUCUCAUGUUUGUUUAUUAUGAGUAUAUAUUAAUAUUGUGAUGGUUGAAUAGGUAACAUAUUGUAAUAGUUUCUUAGGAGUUU